AUGGAAGAGAAUGUUUAUACUACAUGGGAAAGUGUACUGGAUACCUUAAGCCCUACUGAACUAGAACGCUUGGAAAACAACGCAAGUUGGUAAGUCCACGUACGCCAAUGGUUUAUGAACAAAUCCUAAACUUAUAGGGACAUUUUGUUUUAACAAACGCGAAUUUCAUUCGUCUUGCAGAUGAUCCAUUUGAACAUCUCACAGCAAGUCAUUGGCAAAGUAUUGAUGCUGCUAUCAGAGAAAAUAUUGGUAGGUUAUUAGCUAGGCAAUUGUUGUGAGAUACUAUUUUCUUUUUUUCUAUGACAUGUAGUUUUAUUAAAGUUUUAUUGUAAUCGCCGUAGGUUAUCGCUGUGAAGAGUGCGAAAAGGUUUACCGCCAUUUGCCCAAUCUUUCAAGGCAUAAGCGAUUACACCACGGACAUAAAUAUCGCGCAUCAGACAGUAUCAUUGUCGUUUACCUACAGCAAUGGCGUGUUUGCAUGGAUUGCCAGCGUCCGCGGUUUCUACAAAAAAUGGAAAAUUUUGGCUUUGCAACAGAAAUAAUCCCAAGAGUUGUAAAUUCUUCUGCCCUGAUCAAGACCGCUCGUUGUUCGAAACGGCCAUGUCAAUGUGGAGAGCGAAUGGACCAAUUCAUCCAGUGUGUGAUACUCACCAAAGGCUAGCAAGAUCUAGAAUGAAAGUCGUCGAAGACGUUAGUAAACUGAACUUUGGAAGGCCGUUUUUUGUUUGUUGCGACCGCGAGAAUCCACGUAAGUUCUGGCAGUGGGGUGAUAGACAAGAGUUUCCAAAACCGAAAUGCGGACACGAAUUGAAUGCUUGCGUACAGAAAGUCAAAAAGGAAGGAGAAAAUCAAGGCCGCCUUUUCUUCUGUUGUCCAAACGAUCGAGAAAAGUCGUGCGGAUUUUUUGAAUGGAAACUCGAGCUGGAAAACUCGUUCAACCAAAUCCAUUUUCCUCACGUUGAAAGAGUUGGUAUAUUGCAGAGUAAUCCAGCGCUGUACACGUACAUGGUAGCUGAAACUGGACUUACCUUUACUAGCGCACGGGAAAAUCCGCACGAUGCAUACGCUGAAUACAUGGGGGAAUUGCCAAUUUCCUCACAUACGAACGCUAUGGGGGAACUGUCACUGAUAGACUAUUAG